AUGAGCCUAACAACAGAAGCGAACGACAGUUACAAACAAGAUGGCAAGUUGCUUCAAGACUUACUCGAUACCGAGCAUGCGUUAGAAUCUCCGAUCGAUUUAGACAUUGCCCGUAUGAGAGUUAUCGAGUUAGAUCCGUUGAAGUGGAUUGGUAUUGAUAUAGCACCGAGAAAAUUGAAACUUACUAAUACAGGAUUAACGGUAAUUUUGAGCGCGAAAUGGCCGCAGGCAUGUCCUUAUCUUUCCGGAGGACCGUACGAAGGAAACUAUGUGUUUGCACAAAUUCACUUUCAUUGGGGCGAGAACGAAAUGAAAGGCAGCGAACACUCUGUAGAUGGUGCAAGGUUUGAGAUCUAUUUUAAAUCGUCCCAUUAAACGUGUCGCGUAUUUUCUUUGGUUUGUCGUAAAAGUUUCUAAAUUUAGAAUUCGAUUAAAUUUCAUUCAAAGUAUGGCUAUGGAACUGCAUGUUGUGUGUUUCAAGGAAGAAUACGAAACGUUAGAAUUGGCGCUUCGACGACCUAGUGGCGUUACCGUUUUGGUAUAUUUCUGUAAGGUGAUGAAUUCACAGAUAUUUACAUUGAACGAAACACGUAAAUUGUAUCAUUUUAUGAUGUCUAAAAAUUCAUAGGUAAUAACACCACGAUCGUACUUAGUUACAGGAUGAACCAAACGAAUUUAUGAAUGAGAUCGUAAAUAAUUUGGCUGUUAUUCGUACCGCGCAUUCGUCGAUUCGUAUAGUUCCUUCGAAAUUAACAAACAUUUUACGAUCUUUCUCACAAGACUAUUUCUUAUAUCGCGGUUCGAUAAAAACAGCGCAAAAUACGUAUAAUAU